AGGGAGGGUGGUGGCGUGGCGGUGGUGGUAGGAGGCGAGCGAACCCCGUGCGGUGCGGUGCGGUGCGGGUGGGCAGCGUCGUGGGCGGUGGCAGCACAAACAAGCAAACCUUCCAAUUAACUCCUCCCCCCACCUUCCCCUCCCCCUCCUCCUCCCCUUCCCUCCCAAUUCCCCCAAUCUCGCCGCCCGCGCCUCCCGAUUCCGAUUCCCCUUCCUCCUCGAUUCCCGAGCAGCAGCAGCGGCGGUAGCGGCGGAUUGUGUGUGGUGUUGGCGCGGCGGGCGGCAUGCGGCGCGGGGAGGUGGUGGGGGCGGAGGGGGAUGCGGAGGCGGCGCGGUUCCGAGGGGUGCGGAAGCGGCCGUGGGGGAGGUACGCGGCGGAGAUCCGGGACCCGGCGAAGAAGGCGCGGGUGUGGCUGGGCACGUACGACUCCGCCGAGGACGCCGCGCGGGCCUACGACGCGGCGGCGCGGGCGCUGCGGGGGCCCAAGGCCAAGACCAAUUUCCCGCUCUCCUUCCCCCACGCGCAGCGUCAGCCGCCGCCGCCGCAGCGGCAGCGGCAGCAGCACCAUCACCACCUGACCGCCACCGCCUACCCCACCGCCGUCCCGCCGUCGCUGCCCCCCGCGGCCAGGCCGGCCAGCAGCAGCCUCAGCUCCACCGUCGAGUCGUUCGGCAACCGGCCACGCCCGGUGCUCCCGCUGCGCCCGCCGCCGCCGCCGAUCCCGGACGGCGACUGCCACAGCGACUGCGGCUCCUCGGCGUCGGUGGUGGACGACGACUGCACGGACGCCGCCGCCUCGCCGUCGUGCCGUCCCCCGUUCCAUUUUGACCUCAACCUGCCGCCCGGGGGCGUCGGCGUUGGCUGUGGCUACGACGACGACGAGGAGCUGAGGCUGACGGCGCUGCGGCUCUGAGGCUGGAACAAACCAACCGGUCGUUGGAGAAAGAGGAAAAGGAGAAAAAUAUUUGGUUCUUCCCUUCUCUUGUAGCCGACAUGAUCCCCACCCCCUUUGUGUUGCUCUUUGUUUUCUUGAUCUGAUGAUGAUUAAUGUGCCCUGAUCUGCGUAUCUACCUGCUUGCUGCUGGUGAUAGAUGAUGAUUGCCGCGUCUCGCAGCAGCUCGCUGUGGUUGUGCUGUAAUAUAGCAACAUUUUACUUGUUUCCUCCUGUGGGGAAGCAGACAGCUAAAGUAACUUAUUUUCAUCUUUA